AUGCUCGUCGAAGUGACCACGAUAGAAAGUGAAAGAAUAAUUGACGAGAAAGUCUACGGCGCUGUGGUUCCGAGGAUAUGCAGUCCUCGACGCACGCGCACGAAUAUUCCUCGGAAACAAGUGAACAAGUGGAAUCACGUGACCGCAAACCCAGAUCGUAUCAGAACAACGUCAAAGCCCAUCAUAAUAAAGGAAAACCUGGUGCUAGAAAUCGAAGGUUUUCUCCCGCCCAGAGGAGCAAAAGAAGCUGUUGUUAAAGAUAAUUGCAUCCAGACGGCCGAGGUGCGACCGCCAAGUAGGCCGCGGUCGAUGUUCACACCUUCCCGCCCCCUGCUUACUCGGGAUUCAGUGCCACCGGGCCCCCUGGAAAAGACACUAAGCGAGAAAUACAAGACCAAAGAGCAGGAAAGCGACACCAUUCCCCGUGGAAAGCAUCAGAGACGACCAGCGGCCGCCAGGAGCGAGAGACGACUAACCUUGAGACACCUGAGGCUUCCCCGCGGCGCCGAGAGAUCAGGAAGUGCACCUUUGCAUAAAAGCCGCUUCGUGCAAAUCGAUUCGGGCUCCAGGUGGCAGAUGCGUGGUUGUCGUAUCUGCCACCAGAUGGCAGGAGGCUUUCACUACAACUGGUUACUGCAUAAGAAAUCAGUUCCCGCAGAAACCACAGAAAAUAUUACCGUUCCUAAUAACAUUGAUAUAGAGUAUCUUCAAGCAUGUAAUCCAAAUCAAAAUGUGGCUUUUUUCGUGAAGACAAUUUACGAACUGGCGUUUAGCCGAAGCCUAUUUUGGCUUUUCCGUGCGAUUGCAAUAUCACCAGAAGUUCAGAAAAUGUUCAUCCUGGUUUUUAAGAAUAAUUUGAGACCAGAACUGAAAGUGCAGUUAUCCACCCUACACUUUGAUCAUUCUGCACUGAAGUUAAUGAUAGAGCUGUAUUUGCAAAUAGUUACUUCAGACAUUUGUGUUGGACAAAAUAUGAAAUCAUGUCCCAGGGUGGGGUGCGCGUUCCUGCUCCUGUGUCUCCUGAGUUCUAGCACUGCCACCUGGCUCUUCCCGGGUCAGAACCGCCCAUCGCAGCCUACCAUAGUCGAUAAUGCCCAAGCUGGCAGUUUUCAUGACGCGCUGAUACGAAAUGAAAGGUUCGACAUCGACAGUAGCAGUUUGAUCUCGGCGUACGGACCGAGGAACUAUGAUGCCAGCGGUCUCCCUCUCCCUGACACGAGAGGGGGCAGUAGUGGCAUCGAUGACCACCUUUUCCUAGUGAAUAACCGUCGUCGCUAUGGUUUCAAAAUACCAAGGAGUCUUGAUGCCCCGAUCUACGGCCUCCGAGCUCCCCCGACUUCCUCUCCGAUUGCUACCGCCAGCAGUUCAGCCUACGAGAAAAACUACAACCGGCCUGUGCCAUCGCCGAGCUUGAACUUACCCACCACAACGCUGGCCCAGCUCAAUCGAGUGCAUGGCUAUCACGCACCUUCCCAGUACAUCCAACUUAAACCUGUGCACUCUCCUAACUACGAGCAUGAGGCGGCCCAGUCCAUUUAUUCAACCCAUUCAUUCCGACCGAGCCCACACAUGCAGUCAGACAGUGCUUUUAAACCCAGUACUUAUUUCAUUCAAGAAUACGGGUCGCCUAACGCCUACCCUACUGCCGCUCCGGUCUACAAGGAGUCUACCAUACCUCCGUACAAGUACAGAAAAAUUACGACAACCUAUAAACCAUUCACCUACCCGACUGUUGAGUCCUAUAGAGUGACAACUCAAAAGCCCUAUAAACCUGCGCCAGUUCCACAAUAUAAACCCUCGACGUAUACCACUUAUAAGAGAGCUACACCACGGCCCUUCAAGGUUGUCACACCUGCGGUUUACAGUUACAAUACACCCACGCCAACGAAAUACAAGAGUUACAGUGCCACGCCGUCAAAAGAUUACUUAAAGACUGUUACUACAGAAUCACCUUACAAAAACAAGGGAAAGAGCUACAACUACCACUACGGUGUUGGUUCUGUCUAUCAUGGCACUAAUUACAGACACCAGGAACGCAGUGAUGGUGACACUGUUCAUGGAGAGUAUCGUGUUCAGCUCCCUGAUGGACGUGUUCAAGUGGUAAAAUACACAGCAGAUCACAAGAAUGGCUUUGUGCCUAUAAUUACAUAUGAAGGACCACAAACAGCCCAGGCAGCAAAUAUUCAUUUUCAACCACCUAAGCCAACUAAGAUCUGGUAAAGGACACUAAUGCAUAUUAAUGAAUCUUUUGUAUUUAUGUACUUGUAUUUAUCAGGAUCACAUAUAUAGCUGAAUCUGUUUUGAUAUAAAACUGUAAUAGUAACACCUUGAUUAUCUCAUAUUGUUCUUCAUAUUCUUUAAAAUUUUGGAGUAUAUCAAUAUAUGAUAAACGCAGUUUUACAUCUAUCACUGUCAUUCUCUUUCUGUAAAAGCCUGUUAUUUAUAUAUAUAAGAAUUACUUUUUGUUAGUUACAAUAAAUGUAUAUAUUUUCUCAUGUUCUCUAAAAUGUAAGGUGUAUAUAAUUGUUGAAUUUGUUAUUAUAUUCAUAUUUAUGCAUUCUUUUUUAAACUUUUAACCCAACCAUGGAUUUACGUUCUGUCCCCUGUAGUUUUUGUGAAUUUUGUUACACACAGAUGGCUCCACAUGU